AUGUGGAAGGCAAUUAAAGGAAAGACUGAGCCUGGAAUACCAGAACCACCUCGUAACCUUGACGUUCAAGUUACAGAGAACAAUAAGAUUGAAGUGAGAUGUUCAUUAAAGGACAUUGAUUUUAAUGGACCAGACAGAAAAUUCAUUGCAGAACUUCAAGAUGUUGCUGGCAGCAGAAAGUCUAACACAACAUGUCACUUUGAAUUCAAAGAUCUGAGCUACUUAACAUCCUACACAGUGAAGGUGUUUACUUCCAACAGAAAUUUUAUCAGCUCACCUGUGAGUAGACAGGCUGACACUAGAUAUAAUGACAAAGCUCUUAUUGGAUUUCUGGUCUUCCUCAUCAUCAUCACCUCUGUGGCUCUUCUCCUGGUCCUCUAUAAGAUCUACGUGUUGAAACACAGAAAGUCCCAUGAUAAUGAAGAACAGAAUUGCUUCUCAACAGCCAUCUAUGCCAACAUGCCACCUCCCAAAGACAACCAGUGAUUAUCUGAUGGAGCUGCAGAU